AUGGCGAGCAUCCCUGCCGAGACGUUCACAAGCGUGCACUGCUUGCGCGACGCUGCGCAGGGAGAAUGUAGUGUCGACCAUCCGCUCGCCGCGCACGUCCCUCUAUGGUACGCGCACGUCCUGCGCCUGGUCCACGCCACUGCUGAGCUCGCGCGCCUCUUUCCAGGCGAAUGGGGGGAGCAGGGAUGGAGCGUAGAUCAGGUGCUCGCGUCGGAUGCAGUCCGCGAGCUCUGGGAACAGACACAGGCGAUUCAGGGCUCAGAGACGGCCAAGCUUCGCGCGAGCUUGCGCAUUGCAAAGGGGGGGACCUCGCGCGCGGUCAUCGCACCGCUAGCCUCGCCAAAGGGGGCUACGCUCAUGGUGCGGCUCGAUCCUACGCCUACGUCGCUGCAGGGCCCCACAACCUACCUCAAAACGGAUUGCCGCAAGGUAUACGACGACGCCAGAGCGCGCGUCCGCGGAAACCUUGGCGCGCUGAACGAUACCACCCACGACCCCUGCUUUGAUGUUCUCUUGUGGAGCGACGUAGACGGUACGCCGUCCGUGACCGAGUCCAGCAUUGCUAAUAUUAUCCUCGAGGUGCCGAAUGCGUCACCAUCCUUGGUCACGCCUCCUUUCCAAAACCUGCUUCCUGGUAUGCUCAUUCAGGAGCUUGUGCGGCAGGAAAAGGUGUCACAGCGCGCUCUUUCUGUCGAGGACAUCAGGGAUGCCCUCCAGAACCAAAACGGACGACUCUAUCUCUGUAAUGCUGUGCGGGGCAUGUUUCAAGUCCUGCUGGGAUAG